UUGAAAUGUCUUAUCAGAGCUCAUGUUUGAGCUUCUCCGAUCCCACAUGAGGUGCCCAGUGUUUCCUGGGUAGGCUGUUCUGCUGCAUGUAGCUCAGAGUGAGUUGUGUCUUUGUAGUCUGUAUUGUCUGCAAAGGAUUAAAGUCGAUUGAUGUAGAAAGCUGAAAUGUCUCGAGUUGAAUGAAUGUAAAAUGCUAGUUGAACUGAACAUUUCUGGGUGUCCCGUGCUUGAAAGUUAGUAGUGUCUUCGUAGCUUGUCCUAUCUGGAGAAGUUUACAGUUGAAAAGUUGAAGAAGAUGCUUGAAACGAUGAGUGCUGCAGAUGAAAAGCCACCUCAGUUUUGUUGAGCAGCCUAAAUGAAGAAACGAGAUCAUCCAUUGUACAGAAAGGUAGUUGCCUGAAGAAUUGCUUGUUCAUCAGAUCCAAAUACUACCUCUUCUCAAAUCGUUUGGAGAUCUCAAAUCCAAGUUGGUAAAGUUUUUUGUAUUGCUUUUUGGGCACGUUUGAAGUUUUUCUCAUCUGUCCUGUCACAUUUGAUGUUGGAGGAGGUAAGCUGUCAAGAGUUGCUCGUCAAGUCGCAGAGUUCAGCCCGACUCUUCUGCCCAACGGUACGGGAUAAAAGUGCGGCCAGUUCGGCUGCCAGCUAGUAAACCAACAUUGACGCUAGCAAAGUGAGAGAAGCCGCAGAGAUUUUUGUUCUUUGUGGUAGAGCUUGAAAUAAAAAAGAAAGAGUGAGACCGUUGAAAAAAAUUGUGCACAGAGGAAUCCCCUGUUGAGAAUAAGAGAUUUGUGGGAAUAAUAGAGAAGGUUUGGAGUGCAUGAGGAGAUUGAUUGCCUGCCUGGAAUUAUAGUGUGGGUUUUUGGGGAAGGAGAUACCCAACUUGAGAUUACAGUGUGGGUGUUGUAGAAAAGGAAUUUUUUAGAAGCCCACUAGGGAAUGGCAGUGUGGCUGUUGUAGUUAAAACCUGUUCUCAGUUACAUACUUUGGAAGAGGUUCGCAGCUUCAAAGUUUGUGGUGACUGUGUAGUUCUUGUAGAGUUGUGAUGAUUGUGUAGUUCUUGUAGAGUUGUGGUCAUUGGACUGUUGUGAAGACUGCAAAGAGUUUAAAGUCAUAAAAGAUUUGGAGUUACUUAUUUGAAGAAGCUAUUGAAGUAUUUUGUCACUGUUAAAGUCACCCUCUUGAAGAAAGAAGAGCACGGAUGUAUAGGUGCAAGCAGAAUGUGGCGGCCUACCACUUGCUCUAAAGGUGAUCGGCAGCUCUUUGCAUGGGGAACCACAUGAGGUUUGGGAGAGGGCAAAGAACAAGAUUUCUAAGGGAGAGUGCAUCAGAUUAUCACAGAAAUGGGUUAAUUAGACUGUUGGAGAUCAGUAUCGAUUACUUAGAUGACGUAGCAAAAGAAUGCUUCUUAGACUUAGCUUUAUUUCCAGAGGACAUAAAAAUCUGUGCCGAUUCACUAUUGGACAUAUGGGUUUAUGUUCGGAAGUUAAAGUGGCAUGACGCUCUUUCCAUCUUAUCAGAUCUUGCAAGCAGAAAUCUCUUGAACUUGACUAGCACGCCAAGGAGAAAGGUUUCAAUUUCAAAUGGAAAAGACUCGGAGCUGUACUUUUCUCAGCAUAGUGUAGUGCGUGAAUUAGCCCUCCAUUUGGGAUCCCGAGACGGUGUAGUCCACAGGAAGAGGUUCCUGAUGGAUGGGAAGGAGCAUAGUUUGCCAGGAAAAUGGGAGUUGCUUAAUUAUAAUGCAUGCAAUGUUCAAGUGUUCUCCAUUCACACAGGCCCUAUGGAGGCAAAUCAUUGGUUUGAGAUAAAUUUGCCGGAGACAGAGGCUCUGCUGUUAUUCUUUACUUCAACUGAAUACUCUCUUCCCCCAUUUCUGAAAUCUAUGAACAAUCUAAAAUUUCUAAUGGUAUUGAAUUAUGGGACAAAGAGGGCAACUAUAAAAGGUUUAGAUGUUAUAUCUUCACUCACUCAACUCAAGUGUGUCCGCUUGGAGAGGUUGACUGCACCGCUUGUUCAAAAACAAAGGAAAGAACUAUCAAACUUAGAGAAGUUAUCUUUAAGCUUAUGCGAAGGAUUUCAAUAUGCAUCCACAUUCACAAUUACAAAGCUGCGGGACUUUAACAUUGAUCACUCCAGCAACUUGGAGGAGGUGCCAAUUAGUUUCUGUUAUAUGCCUUCUGUUAAGAUGUGGUCUAUUAGCAACUGCCACCUGGUUCAGAAGUUACCUUAUGAGCUUGGGAAUAUGAACUCUCUCAGAAUGCUGAGGUUAUCAGCGUUACCGGGCCUAAAAGAGCUUCCACCAUCGAUUGGAAAACUUCGGCUGUUGGAAUGUCUAGACAUCUCAUUCUGCGAAGGAAUCAGAGAACUUCCAGAGGAAAUAGGGCAACUAAAGCGAUUGAGUGAGUUUGAUAUGAGGGAAUGUUCUCGUUUGAACAGGUUACCAAGAGCUGUUUGUGAACUGAGUGCCCUCAAGCUGGUUAUCUGUGAUGAGAAGAUUGGGAAGUAGUGGUUACGAGCAAAGAACAUUUCGCUUCCAGAAGUUACAGUUGAAAUUGUGGAAACCCAGUUUAGUCUGGAUUGGCUUGAUGAUUGAUAUCUUUUCUUACCUCCAAUAAACUUGACAAGCACCAUCCAAUAAAAGCUCCUCUAUAUUUGCAGCCUAUAGUUAUGAUCAAUUGUCGCCAUCUUUUCAGUACUGUAAGCACUCUUUACUAUUUUAGGCAUCCGAAAGCACCUUCUCAUUUUGUAUUAAGCCAUGAAAAAGGUGUCUUGUAAAUUUCUAGCAGGUGUUACAUCUGUUUCAGUCGGUUAGACUGUCUACAGAUAAUACGAAUGCAAAGUAUAUUAAUCCAAAUAAACGUUUUCAGUCUAUGCUAUUGGCAAAAAUCUGGAGCAAGAUACAAUUUUUAUGAGAUACAUAUAAAGUGGCACAAGAGAAGGAAGGGAUAAGGAACGCCAUCCUAUGUUGUAAAACAACAGUAGAAAGCUUAACUUUUUCAAGCAAAUGAAAAUGAAAAGUCUCAAUGUGAAUGUACAUGUAAGCGUUUUA